CAUCUCUUCACUUCUUUACUCUAGCCCUCCUGCAACAUCCCGCCAGUUACAGCGCACAGUUUCCUAGGAUACAUUUCUCCAAAACUUCAGUCUAAGGAACUGCAUGUUUACGAUUUGUGGAUUUCCACCAUAAUGUUGGGUACAGUGAAAAUGGAAGGUCACGAAACACCAGAUUGGAGCAGCUAUUACAAUGACGCACAAGAGGUAUGUGUCUUUAAGUUUUCCAUUUGGGUUAUAGAAUAAUAAAGUGUUAACUGAUUCCUAAGUCUUCCGUUGAGUUAGUUUCCUUAAAAAUGGUUCGAUUACAGUUACUGUGUUGUUGUUUAUGGAAUAUUGGGCUGUUUUGGGUAUAGAUGUCACUAAAUGCAACCUGAUGUAUAUAAAGAACGAGUGCAUGUUAGUCACAGAGGGACAAAUGCUGUCUUGAGAUAUGGGCAAUUUACAAUAAGUAAAAACCCAUUAUAUCAAUUGGUUAUGCACGCAGAUAAAAAGUUAGGAUUUGGCACUGAAUAUUUACCAGACAUCAUGCAACGAAAUAAUGGCAUAUGUUUUAAAUGCAUGCUAUUCGAAAAUAAAGUUGCAGUCAGUGAAUGGAAUGUUUAGAAAUUGUUCGUUUGUUUGACGCCAAUAAUAAGACCUCGUAAUACACUUUGCUUGACCUCAUUCUGUUAGUGCGUAAUAAGCCUACAUAAUAUGUUAAUGUAAAUGCAAUUAUUAUUUGUUAUAAUCAUGAUAUGGCCUAAUACAGUAAAACAAUAUUGAGUUUGAGAUUCAUAAUAUGAUGGACUGUUUUCAUGCUGCUGUUCAGAGGUUCUCAAAAUGAAUCUCAUGUUUCUUGUCAAAUCGAAUCAAUUAAAUUUGUUUCGUUUUGAAAUAUUUUGUGUUAACCUAAUAUGAAUAAUUAAUUAUUAUUGCCUAUACAUUAUUAAACAGUCAAUUUCAACAGAAUAAAAAAAAUAUUUAAAAACUCAAGCACUUUGAGUGUGUGGAAGACCAAAGCAUUGUUGUGAUCACAUUUCUCUCAUGUUAUUCCAGGUAUAUUCACCCAUGGCAAACAGCGGCAUGAAUGCAGGACUGAGUUCCAUGAACAGUAUGAACAGUUACAUGAGUAUGUCUACCAGUGGAAAUAUGACCUCCGGUUCUUUCAACAUGUCCUACGCCAACCCCGGCCUGGGAGCCGGAGUAAGCCCCGGGACAAUGGCAGGGAUGCCCCCGAGCACGUCCAUGAAUGGAAUGUGCGGCGGGGUAUCGUCAAUGGGCACUGCCCUUAGCCCCUCGAACAUGGGCGCAAUGUCGGCUCAGCAGGCUUCCAUGAACGCUCUGAAUCCAUACGCCAGCAUGAGCCCUACAAUGAGCCAAAUGUCCUAUAAUCAGCCCAACCUGAACCGAGCAAGGGACAACAAGUCGUUCAGGAGAAGCUACCCGCACGCAAAGCCUCCGUAUUCGUACAUAUCCCUGAUAACAAUGGCCAUUCAGCAAGCACCAAGCAAGAUGCUCACGCUUAGCGAAAUCUACCAGUGGAUAAUGGACCUAUUUCCAUACUACAGACAGAACCAACAGAGGUGGCAGAACUCUAUUCGCCAUUCCUUGUCUUUUAAUGAUUGCUUCAUCAAAGUGUCUAGGUCACCGGAUAAGCCAGGCAAAGGCUCAUACUGGGCCCUGCACCCAGAUUCUGGAAAUAUGUUCGAAAACGGUUGUUACCUGCGCAGACAAAAGCGCUUUAAAUGCGAAAAUAGAAAGCUAUCUUCAAGUAAAGGAGACGGAAGGAAAGACCAGUCCGGUUCUGGGUCACCUUCGAGCGAGAACACCAACAGCAAGACUGGACAUGUGGAAUCAAACUCCCUCUCCACCUCCAACCAGUCCUCCAGCCCUCACAGCAUGGAGCACAGGAGCAGUAGCAGCGCCUCUGAACUAAAGAGCAGCGGGCCACCUCUCCACCCGGUGGCCAGCUCCGCCACGUCCCUGUCCUCUCUCCCUUUACCUCCGCAUUCGAUGGCGCACGAGUCCCAGCUGCACCUAAAAGGCGAUCCCCAUUAUUCAUUCAACCACCCCUUUUCAAUAAAUAAUUUAAUGUCAUCCUCGGAGCAACAGCACAAACUGGACUUGAAAGCCUACGAGCAAGCUUUGCAAUACUCAUCCUACGGCUCAGGUAUGUCCUCCAGUCUACCCCUCGGCAGCGCGUCCAUGGCUGGCAGAGCUAUGGACCCAUCCGCAAUAGAGGCGUCAUACUAUCAAGGUGUGUAUUCCAGACCGGUCCUCAACACUUCUUAGUAUCUUCUCAUUUUUAUAGUGCUCGACAAAAGGACAACAGAAAACAUUUAUCUUAUUUUUGCAUGCACCUGGUGCAUAAGGACUGUUACUUCAAUGUAUACGAAUAUGUAUGAGUAAAAUACAAUAGGCCUGUAAAGUGUUUCAAAUGGAAUAAUUAUAUAUCCAUCUGUAAAUCAUUGCUAGUGUAUUUAUAACAAUUUGAGCUUGUAAAAUAAUGUUGUAUUUCCCAAACUUGUAGUCCCCACAAUUAAUAUGUCCAUGUGUUACAAUGUGCAUGAAUGAAGGUCAGUCAAUAAGGUCUCAUGGAACGCGUGACGCAGGUGAAGCGGAAAACACCCGCUACAGAUACAGCCUACUUUUUUAAAUGGAUGUUGUCAUUUUACGCAUUGCUUUAGUUUCAUUUGCUAAAUAUCUGACAAACAUAUUUCCAACGCAAUCUUGUAUUACAAUCUUAAAUUCCAAGUGGAAAUGC